CCUCCCGCUUCCUUUUCCAACAGCGCCUGCGAUCAUGGCGGACGUUGUCGCGGAGCAGCUGGUGAUCCAGAAACCAGUCCACGAAAGUGAGCUGAACGGGGAGGCCGAGGUCCGGGAGGAGGCCGACCCAGUGGAGGAGGCAGCGAAAAAGAAGAAGAAAAAGAAGAAAAAGAGCAAGUCUGCAACGACAGCCGUUGAGCCCGAGGCGGAUGGCGUGGUAGAGGUGGCCAAACAGCUGGAGAAGCAGGCGAUCGAGGACAAGGAGAAGGACGAAGAUGGCGAGGACGAUGGAGACGACGGGGAGAACGCAGCAGGGAAGAAGAAGAAGAAGAAAAAGAAGAAGAAGGGACCCAAAACUCAAACGGACCCCCCAUCCGUUCCCAUCUGUGAGUUGUACCCCAGUGGCGUUUUCCCCAUCGGACAAGAGUGCGAAUAUCCCGUCUGUCAGGAUGGUCGUAGCGCGACGUGGCGUAUGACCAUGGAGGAGAGGCGGGUGAUGGAUAAAGCCAACGAGGAGGUGUGGAACGACUUCAGGCAGGCGGCCGAGGCCCACAGACAAGUCCGGAAACACGUCCGCAGCUUCCUGAAACCUGGCCUGACCAUGAUUGAGAUCUGCGAGCGUUUGGAGGAUUGUUCCCGUAAGCUGAUAAAGGAAAACGGGCUGAACGCCGGGCUGGCCUUCCCCACCGGCUGCUCCCUGAACCAUUGUGCUGCCCACUACACUCCCAACGCCGGAGACCCCACCGUCCUGCAGUACGACGACGUCUGCAAGAUCGACUUCGGCACGCACAUCAACGGGCGAAUCAUUGACUGUGCCUUUACCGUUACAUUUAACCCAAAGUAUGACAAGCUGCUGGAGGCGGUGCAGGACGCCACCAACACCGGAAUCAAAAACGCCGGCAUCGACGUGCGCCUGUGUGACGUCGGCGAGGCGAUUCAGGAGGUGAUGGAGUCCUACGAGGUGGAGAUUGAUGGGAAAACAUACCAAGUGAAGCCGAUCAGAAACCUGAACGGUCACUCCAUCGGUCAGUACCGGAUACACGCCGGCAAGACGGUGCCCAUCGUUAAGGGAGGGGAAGCGACAAGAAUGGAGGAGGGGGAGGUCUACGCCAUCGAGACGUUCGGCAGCACGGGUAAAGGUGUGGUCCACGACGACAUGGAGUGCUCCCACUACAUGAAAAACUUUGACGUCGGCCACGUCCCCAUCAGGCUGCCUCGGGCAAAGCACCUCCUCAACGUGGUCAACGAGAACUUCGGCACGCUGGCGUUCUGCCGCCGCUGGCUGGACCGCCUGGGCGAGAGCAAGUACCUGAUGGCCCUGAAGAACCUCUGCGACCUGGGCAUCGUGGACCCCUACCCCCCCCUCUGCGACACCAAGGGCUGCUACACCGCUCAGUUCGAGCACACCAUCCUGCUCAGGCCCACCUGCAAGGAGGUGGUGAGCCGAGGAGACGACUACUGAUCCCCCCCCAGACCAGACGGCCCUCACCGCACACACACCUCCAGACACUGAUAGAGGAACAGCAGAAAAGAGCCGCUUUUAUUCAGAAGAACCGACAACUAUAAAGAAAUGUUAUUGUAGUUUACCUACAAUGCCUCCCUCAUAGCUUCCAAGGAAGGAUGCAGCUU